AGCGACAAUGGCUUGCGAAGACAGCCCUGCUGCGCCGAUCUUCACCUCGACGCCGCUCGAAGGCCCGAGCUCCGGACGCCAAACGGGCCGGAAGGAGCCGAGGCUGGGUGGUCCGGAUGAGGAUUCGAUCCCGUACGAGCGGAACUCCGUGGAAUCGCCCCGUACCCCGCCGCACUCGCGUCGUAUCGUGAGCUGUGCCUGUGCUGGCCCGGUAGGCCGCGCGCCGACCGUGGCCAAAGAGCUGGCAGAGAGCGUGCGGAGGCGAUCUUCUUCGGCUUGGACCAAGCGUACCAGCCCUCCGGGGCUGCCGCGGGUCGCCCAAAUGGUCACCUUCCAGCUGAUGGAGUGUGCAGAUGAUGCCAUUAAGGCGCUCUUCGCCGCCGACGGAGCCGGCCUGAAGGGAAAGGUGUCCAAAAAGAAGGCGCUCGCGCAGCUCCUGUGCGACAUGGUCGGCGCGCCGAUGCUGUCGCCGGACGAGGCCGAGUCUGCGGGCGCGCGCGUACUGCCAAAGGCGGCCACAAGCAGUACCAUCGCUACCAGCGCCACCGUGCCGGCGCUGGCCAAAAUCGUCGACAUCGUGUCGGCACUCUCUACGGCGCGCCUGGGCUCACAGAGGCCGGCCUGGGUGGGGGCGGGUCGGACGCCCGAUCCGGCUGCUGGCCGGAGGACGUCGCCGGGCGGUCGGGCCGACACCGUGUGCUAG